GCCUUGCGACAGUUAUUAGGGAGUAUUUCCCGCCAUGCGUUGCUAUCACAUCCAUCGCCUGUUCAAAUUUACUGGAAACGGUUAACAAAACAAAGCCAAUUAUUUAUGGUAAAUAACUUUGUUUUAAUCACGAUAACUUGUACAAUUUAUGGCCACAUUUAUAAAAAAGGAUCGAGAUUCCAUUCACAAGCGCAUUUUCGGGUUUCAAAACUAAACACGCGCAGCGACACGUGUCAUCACACGAGUUUAGCACCACUGGAUGAAAUAUUUCACAGCUACACCUGUUCAAAUCAGCUGGCACACACACUACUAUGGUGUUUCGUUUGACAGCUGAAAAAAUACACUUUUCCAAUCGACGACGGUCAGUCAAACAUUUUGCGAUAAUUGCUACGGCAGUAAAAGAAAACACCACACAGCAAAUGCAUCACAAAAUGCGGCAGCUAAAUCACGGCUAGAGUGGUAUUGAAACGAAAACACCGGAUGAGACCAUUCUGUUGCAAGUCGGAAAGUUGUUAACACGUUCAGUGAAGUGAAUUAUUCACCGUUCGCCGGACGCGGAUGUCGUCAUUGCGCCGCACAAUGGCACUCACGCGGUAUCAUCUGCACAAGCGAACAUGUGUCGGAAUUGUGCCACUUCUGUGUGCCUUCCUGUUUGGCGUGCUGCUCACGGCACUGUUUGCAAACACUAGCCCCGCCUGCACACCGAUGGGCCGGGUGUACGAUCCGGAGAAUUCCUACUUUCUCAUGCUGCUCAUCAUGACGGCGCCGGAAAACUUUGAACGGCGGACGACGAUCCGCGAAACGUACCUGAACCUCCGGCCUCGUAUGAUCAACGAAAGCUACCAGGAAGAGCUAAUACACAUUCCACCAUUUAACGACCGGGGCCAAAUCACGCUCGAAUCGAUCGACACGCAACGCCACCUCCUGACCAACUAUCGAGCGUGGCUUCAAAAACCGAUCAAAAACAUUAAGGUUAUUAACUUUAAAAUCAAACCUCUGUUCGCAAUCGGCAUGCACGAUCAGCCGAAAAACAUACGGCGAAAGAUUUACGAGGAGCAGCGGGUGUUUGGUGACAUUCUCGAGCUAGAAGGGUUGCAAGAUUCGUACGCGAACUUAACGAGCAAGCUGCUGCACAGUAUGCAGAAAAUCGACGCCAAGUAUGAUUUCCGGUAUCUGGCCAAGCUGGAUGACGAUACGUACGUAAAGCUGGACGUGCUGGCAGAAGAUUUGUUGAGUUACUACGAAAAACUGCACCAGGUUCAGAAGCAGCAACAGAAAAGCAACAAAGGCCCAAUGGAGCUGUACUGGGGUUAUUUCCGCGGUGCUGCUACCAUUCAAAAGCAAGGGGCGUGGCAAGAGAAAGAUUACUUUCUGUGCGAUCGGUACGGUCCGUACGCACUCGGUGGUGGGUAUGUCCUAUCGAAGGGGUUGGUAUCAUACAUCGCUACCUAUGCCGACCAGCUGACGAUGUACAAGAGCGAGGACAUUGCAGUCGGCACGUGGUUGGCACCGUUCCGUAACAUCCACCGCCGGCAUGAUGUUCGAUUUGACACGGCAUGGAAACCGCGUGCCUGUCAGGCAUACCAUAUGCUCCUGCACAAACGUACCGCACGGCAUAUGCGAGACAUCUAUGCGGGAGAAAUGUGUACGCACGAGGAAGAUCAACCGCCAUCCGGUGGAGGAACACUACCGAAGGAGUAUUUUUACGACUGGACGCAGCCACCGAGCUUGUGCUGCAAAACGGCAGUAUAAAAUAACGUCCGAAAAAUAAAACAGUGUACCGCACCAAACAUACACCACAAGUAAGAUAUAAGAACGUGCGUUUAGGACGACCGGUUGCAUAUAGAAAAGGACCACUCAUUACGGAAGAGUGUUAAGGUAUGACAAGGAUCACGCAGAAAAUCUCAAACACAAAGGCAGCUGAAGGAUUAAUACACAAGCAAUUUGCAAGCAGCACGGCAGCCACUAUUACGCACAGACUGCGGACACCAGCUGACUUAAACCAAGUGUAAUAAAUUAUUUGUACCAAA